AUGGACGUGUCCUCGCUUCUUUCAUCCCUCCCCCCGCGUCCAGCUCAGCCAAUCACGGCUCAGCUUUCCUAUCUGAGUGCCCUGAUUGGCUCCUGUCCCGAUGACGCCCUCCUCCCUGCCUUGUCAAAGGUCGAAAAGAUUCUCACCGACUGCGACUGGCGGCUCUCCUCGGCCAAUCAGAGCACGGAGCAGGAGUGCCGUUCAUUAUCGCGCGCUCUGAUUGGCUGCUGCUCUCUGCCUCUCGCCUGUGAUGACGUCAGUGCGGUGGAAGAGUCAGAGUACGCCGUGAUCAGACCCCGAGUCAUCGCUGUGAGCCGUGCCCUCAUCCCACUGCUGAGGGGUCUGGGCCAUGAGAGGGGAGGGGGCGGGGCAGAGGGAGAAGGAGGCGGGGCUGAAGGAGGAGGAGGCAGGGUUUCGGAGAGGAUUCUGUUCGCUGUGGCUCCGGAUAUUUGUGUGUUCGCCGUUACUCACUUCCAGGAAGCACCGUGGAGCAGCUCCUCUUCCCGAGCCGCCGCACAGGAGCUGAUGCGAGCUCUGCUGGAGGCGGGGCCAUGGACAGACUCCGCCCACCUGCUCGUGGGGGAGAGCAGAGCCAGGGGCAUUCUGGGAGAGAUCCUGGACCUGAUUCAACCUCAGCUGAACAAAGAGUUAAUGUUCCGCAGUGAAGCGCUGAAGCUGGUGUUCUCCUGGGUUCUGCUGCAGGUGACGCGGCCCGCCCUUCAGCCGCACCUGCCUCGCCUCCUGCCUCCGUCACUGCUGCUCACAGAUCACUACAGACCAGAGAACUGCAUUCUGGGAGUGCGCUGCUUGCACCACAUCGUCCUCCACACGGCGGCUGCAGAUCUGCGACAGUUGAACCGCGCGGAGGUGGUGUAUCAGGCCGUGUUCAGACUCCUCUACAACAACCAGCCCCAGAUCACGCAGUGUGUCCUGUCCUGUCUGAUGGACCUGCUGCUGGUCCUGGAGAAGUCUCCCUCCUCCGCUGACCCCUCCCUCUCAUGUGCAGGCCCCCCCCACUACAGAAGAGUCACCAGUCGCCAUGACGACGUUCUGCGAUUUGUCCUGACGCAGAUGGAGGCGGAGCAUAAGCUGGAGCUGCGUCGUAUCUACGCCGCUGCACUUCCUCCUCUCGUGGACAGAUGUGGGAUUGCGGUUUGCAGACACAUGAAGCGGCUGCAGAGGGUGAUCCUGGGAUACCUGGAGCUCAGUGACCCUCCACACGAGACCAGCAGAGUCCAGACCCUCCGCACCCUGAAUCGGACCCUGCAGACCGCCUGGCCCCGGGUUGAGAAGAGGAGCUGGGAGCAGAUCCUCAGGGCAGUGCUGCGUCUGCUGGUGGAUGUUUCUUCAGACUUAGAUCUCAACGCGUCGGUGAAGCAGGAAAUAUUUGACCAAUCAGCAGCGAGUAUCCGGCUGCUGGAUGCCUGCUCCGACAAGAGAGUGCAGUGUCUCCUCCUGCAGGUGGACAGCCGUCACUGCAGCCCAGAAGUACUGCAGCUUCUACACUCCGUGACGUGA